AUGGAAGAUAAAUCCAAUUCGUUCUCCAGCAACAAGGAGGAAAAAACGGAUGGGAAUAAUGUAUUCCAGAGGCAAGACUCGAUACAGAAGAAUAAUAUGGGAAGCCAGAAUGUGAAAGACCAUAGCAACUCAGUGGGCUUCAAAGGUGAUCGUGAAGAAGCCAUGGUUGGUUUCGACGAUCUAGAUGGGGCAUCAAGGCAAUACGGCUUUAUGCAGCGACAAUUCGGGGCAAUGAUGCAGCCCGGUGUCAAUAAGUUCUCCCUGCGAAUGUUCGGCAGUCAGAAAGCAGUGGAGAAAGAACAAGAAAGGGUUCAAACGGCAGGAUACUGGAUCAUUCACCCCUAUAGCGAUUUUAGGUUUUACUGGGACUUGAUAAUGCUCAUCAUGAUGAUGGGCAAUCUAAUCAUCAUUCCUGUUGGAAUAACGUUCUUUUCGGAGCAAACCACCACCUCCUGGCUAGUGUUCAACGUAGCCUCGGACACCAUCUUCCUGGUGGACCUGGUCAUGAACUUCAGGACGGGGAUUGUCAACGAAGAGAGCUCGGAGAUCAUCCUGGACCCUAAGGUGAUCAAGAUGAACUACCUGAAGAGCUGGUUCGUGGUCGACUUCCUCUCGUCCAUACCAGUGGAUUAUAUCUUUCUAAUAGUGGAGAAAGGGUUCGACUCCGAGGUGUACAAGACGGCCCGGGCACUGCGCAUUGUGAGGUUUACAAAAAUCCUCAGUCUGCUGCGGCUGUUGAGGCUCUCACGGCUCAUCAGGUACAUCCACCAGUGGGAAGAGAUUUUCCAUAUGACGUAUGACCUGGCCAGCGCUGUGGUAAGAAUAUUUAAUCUCAUUGGAAUGAUGCUUCUUCUUUGCCACUGGGACGGUUGUCUCCAGUUCCUGGUACCACUCCUCCAAGAUUUCCCGCCAGAUUGCUGGGUGUCGCUAAACGGUAUGGUUAACGAUUCCUGGGGUAAGCAGUACUCCUACGCCCUCUUCAAAGCCAUGAGCCACAUGCUCUGCAUCGGGUACGGUGCCCGUGCCCCCGUCAGCAUGUCCGACCUGUGGAUCACCAUGCUCAGCAUGAUUGUGGGCGCCACCUGCUACGCCAUGUUUGUGGGCCACGCCACCGCCCUCAUCCAAUCGCUGGACUCCUCCCGGAGGCAGUACCAAGAGAAGUACAAGCAAGUGGAGCAGUACAUGUCCUUCCAUAAGCUACCGGCAGACAUGCGGCAGAAGAUACAUGAUUACUACGAGCACCGCUACCAGGGAAAGAUCUUUGAUGAGGACAAUAUACUGAGCGAGCUCAACGACCCACUGAAAGAGGAGAUUGUGAACUUCAACUGCCGAAAGCUAGUAGCCACCAUGCCACUGUUUGCCAAUGCCGACCCCAACUUUGUGACCGGCAUGCUGAGUAAGCUGAAGUUCGAGGUCUUCCAGCCCAACGACUACAUCAUCCGCGAGGGAACCGUCGGGAAGAAGAUGUACUUCAUCCAGCACGGCGUCGCCAGCGUCAUCACCAAGUUAAACAAGGAGAUGAAGCUGACUGAUGGAUCAUACUUUGGAGAAAUCUGCCUGCUAACGAAGGGCCGCCGAACGGCCAGCGUCCGGGCAGACACCUACUGCCGCCUCUUCUCCCUGUCUGUGGACCACUUCAACGAGGUGCUGGAGGAGUACCCAAUGAUGCGCCGUGCCUUCGAGACUGUGGCCAUCGACCGACUCGACCGUAUUGGGAAGAAGAACUCCCUUCUUCUGCAGAAGUUUCAGAAGGACCUGAACGCUGGAGUUUUCAACACGCAAGAGAACGAGAUAUUGAAGCAGAUUAUCCGCCAGGACCGGGAGAUGGUGAUGAUGGUGGACCGCAAGCAGUCGGUCACAGGGGUGAACUCCACCCCAAUCUCCGGUAACUCCAUCAUUAACUCACCAGCCCAGCCACCCUACGCCACCGCCCUCGGUGGCAACCAGCUACAGCAGUCUGCCCCGUUGACCUACAGCGCCUCGGCCAACAUCGCCCAGGCCUCCCGCGUCCUCCCCACCCAGGCCCAGGCCUACGCCGUCCCCAGCGUCUCCCAUGGCAACCUGAAUUCCGCGUCCCCCAACCCGCCGACGCCCCUGCAGCAGCAGCAGGGGGCCAUCAUGUCGCCGUGCUCCUUCACCGCGGCAGUGUGCAGCCCCCCGGUGCAGACCCCGCUGGCAGGCCGAACGUUCCAGUACGGCUCGCCCACCGCAUCCCAACUGUCCCUCACCCAGCAGCCGCUGGCCCCGGCUCCUUCCCAGCAGCCGCUGGCCCCGCCUCCUUCCCAGCAGCCACCACAACCCCAGCAGCAGCAGCAGCAGCCGCAGCAACAGCAACAGCAGCAACAGCCGCAGGCGGGGCCGUCGCAACAGCAACAGCAGCAGCAGCAGCAACAACAGCAGGCCGCCUCCCCCCAGAGGAGCGACGUCCACAAGAGCACUCAGGCCCUGCAGUCGGGCAGCCUGAGCCGAGAUGUGCGCCACCUCUCCGCCUCCCAGCCCUCCCUGCCCCAUGAGACCUCGCUGGUGUCCCGGCCGCACCCCACGUCCGGCGAGUCCCUGGCCUCCAUACCCCCGCCGGUGGCGGCUGCGGUGGCGGCGGCGCCAGGGACGGGGGCGCAGGGCGGGAUGAGGGCCACUGUCCCGCAGCGGGUCAACCUGUUCCGGCAGAUGUCGUCCGGAGCGCUGCCGCCAGUCCGCGCGGCGCCCCCCACUGCCCAACACAGGGAUUCCACGGGCUCCAGAAGAGAGUCCACAGUCUUAAGCAGUACAGAGACAGAGCAAGACAAGAUGCGAUUCGCGUCAAAUUUAUGAUCCUCCUUUACUUUUUUUUUAAUUUUGUGUUUUAAUUCAUUUUUAUUGC